GCAGUGUCAUUAUCAAAAUUGAUGAACAAUUUUUGGACAAAAUGGAAAAUAUACCAAUUAAUUUAGGGCUUUCGCGUGGCCGCGGUCGCGGAAUAAGGAAACUACUGGAAGGCAAUAGUGCCCUUUCCAGUCAAUUGGGACUAUGCUCUCAAUCUGCGGAGAGCGUGCGAGGAACUAUUUCAGAUCGCCAAGAAAUAAAUUUGAGUGAAAAUGUGCGUGGCCGUGGUCGCGGUCGCGGAAUAAGGAAACUGCUGGAAGGCUAUAGUGCCCCUUCCAGUCAAUUGGGACUAGGCUCUCCAUCUGAGGAGAGCGUGCGAGAAACUAUUUCAGAUCGCAAAGAAACAAGUUGGACUGAAAAUUCUCAGGGUUCAUGCUGUUCAAAAAAUGCGCCAGCUCGUGCACCUGAGCCUGAGCGCUCUGAAGUAGUUGCAGGUGAUCACGGCUUCGUACGUGGCCAUCGGGUAAUUACUGAAAUCGGCGGAGGAUUUGGAAAUAAAUCGGGCACUUCUGGCUCUAAAAUAACGGUGCAAGCCAAUUACUUUAAGGUCAUGAAGCGCCCUGAAUGGACUAUUUUCAAAUACCACGUUGAUUUUAUCCCGGACAUUGAUAACACACGCUUGCGUCGCGCCUAUUUGAACGAGCAUCGCACCAAGCUAGGUGGUUACAUUUAUGACGGAAGUAUUCUGUUCUGCACCAGGGAGUUUAGAUGCGAUCCGAACAAUGUUUAUGCCCUGGAGUUUGUGACAACAAAUCGAGCCCUCGAACAUAUCCAGAUUAAAAUCAAGAAAGUUGGCGCUGUUGAAAAGGCCGAUGCUCAGCAGUUCCAAAUCCUGAAUUUGAUUCUUCGUCGGGCUAUGGAGGGAUUGAAGCUAGAACUUAUAACGCGCAACUUUUUCGACCCUUUGACAAAGUUUAAAUUGGAUAACUACAACGUGGAGAUUUGGCCUGGUUUUCAAACUUCUAUUCGUCAGCACGAAACUGACAUUCUAUUGUGCACUGAAAUCGUUCAUAAAGUAAUGAGAACUGAGUCAUUGUACGACAUAUAUUCGAAUUUAUCGUGCACUUGCGAAGAUCAUAAACAGCUUUUUCGUGAUGAAGUAUGUGGAAUGGUGGUGCUGACGGACUACAAUAAUAAGACGUAUCGUGUAGACGAUGUGGAAUACGGUGCCACUCCAUUGUCCACGUUCUCCAGUAAGGAAGGAGAUAUUUCAUAUGUUCAGUAUUAUAAAAAGCGCUAUAACAUCACCAUACGCCACUAUGAACAACCGCUUCUUGUGUCUCGUCCCACCGAUAAGAACAUACGGGGAGGAUUGGACCAACCUAUUAUGUUGAUCCCAGAGCUGGCACGGGCUACUGGCAUGAACGAUGCAAUGCGGUCUAAUUUCAGGUUGAUGAAAGCAAUGAGCGAACAUACCCGAUUGCCACCUGGGCGUCGCAUUGAGCGCCUGCUUCAAUUCAAUAACCGCUUGGAGGCAUCGCCGCAGAGUCUUGAAGUUUUGACAUCGUGGGACUUAAGUCUAGACAAGAAACUGGUGGAGAUACCCGCUCGCGUUCUGCACCCAGAGAUAAUUUUGUUAGGCAACAAUAAGCAAUACACUUGCGAUAAUCGCGCUGAUUGGACUGGCGAGUUCCGCAACAACAUGAUGUAUAGACACGUCGACAUUACGCGUUGGGCGGUUGUAACACCAAGACGGAAUAUUGGCGAAACCAAAGAGUUCGUGAAUUAUUGCAUUCGUGCAGGUAGCGGCAUGAAAAUGUCAAUCCGCGAACCUUUUUACGAAGAGGCAUGGGCAGAUUGUAAUGAGUCGUAUACCCAGGCACUCGAUAGAGCUACAUCGGCGGACCCUCAGAUUGUGAUGGUAGUGCUGAAGACCAGCAACGAGCAAAGGUAUGCCUCCAUUAAAAGACGGACUUGUGUGGAUCGUCCGGUGCCAUCACAAGUAGUCACCUUGAAAGUUAUUGCCCCACGCCAAGAGAAAAGAGGCGGGCUCAUGUCAAUCGCCACUAAAGUCGUAAUUCAAAUGAACGCAAAAUUGAUGGGAACCCCGUGGAUGAUCGACUUGCCGCUGAACGGCCUAAUGACUGCCGGCUUCGAUGUCUGCCAUUCAACGAGGAAAAACAAGUCGUAUGGCGCCCUCGUGACCACCAUGGAUAUGAAGACCUCAGGACGUUACUUUUCGGCGGUUACUGAGCAUGUGAAGGGUCAGGAGUUGUCGGAUCAGAUGGCUCUGAACAUGACACUGGCUUUAAAGGCAUACCGGGAACACCACGGUUUGUUGCCGGAACGCAUUCUCUUCUACCGCGAUGGCGUUGGUGAUGGCCAAAUCCAUCAGGUUGCCAACAUCGAAGUGAAACUGCUGAAGACCAAACUGGACGAGAUUUACAGGUCAGCCGGCAAGCCGGAAGGUUGCCGCCUGGCGUUUAUGAUCGUAUCUAAGAGAAUCAAUACUCGAUAUUUUGUGAACAACCUCAACCCUCCUCCAGGCACUAUUGUAGAUGACAUUAUAACCCUUCCAGAGCGCUACGAUUUCUUCCUGGUGUCGCAGUCCGUGCGCCAAGGCACCGUAUCACCAACGCACUAUAGCAUUAUUCAUGACAAUAUGGGACUUUCACCCGACAAGUUGCAAAUGCUGUCCUACAAAAUGACACACUUGUACUAUAAUUUCUCGGGAGCUUGUAGAGUACCAUCUGUCUGCCAGUAUGCACACAAGCUGGCAUUUCUCGUCGCCGAAAGCAUUAAUCUUGCUCCUUCGCCCGGCUUAGAGAACCAGCUGUACUUCCUAUAGAAGCGUUGGACCAACACGUACAUAAAGACUUCGCACAAUCAUGGAAUUUAUUUUGACCAAUGAAUAAAUAGUGCCAAUGAAGCUGAUUAUUAUAAUAUUAUACAUACAAAAAUUUGAUUAUGUUUAUCCAUUCAAACCAUAAUAAUAAAAAGGAAAAACAUC